AUGGCACACACAGAAAAGGAGAUCAUGACCUCAACUGCAAUGGACGAUGCGCUUAAGGAGCCGUCUGAAGGGGCAGGGGAGAUGUCCGAGGUCGUUGAAGAAUUCAUAGUCGACAGGCAGAUGAACACCCACAUUGUCCGGAAGAUUGAUCGAUAUCUGAUGCCGCUGAUGAUGGUAACGCAAUUGUUGCAGAACAUCGACUCUACAGGUAUCGGCUACGCCGCAGUCUGGGGACUGACCAAGGAUCUGCACAUAUCUACCGCGCAGUACACCUGGGUAGGCUCGAUGCCGUUCUUCGGCUACAUGGUCUUCGAAUGGCCAAUGAGCUUUGUGGCACAGCAUUAUCACACCGGACGUGUGGUCGGCGUGGUCGUCUUGCUGUGGGGCCUGACAUUGAUGAGCACCUCCAUUACCCAAAACUUCGCCGGCCUGGUGACUGUUCGAUUUAUUUUGGGGGCUCUAAUGAGUGUCACGUCUCCGGCCUGGGUCUUGAUCACGUCCAUCUUCUACCAACGAGAAGAGCAAGCCUUCCGCGUGAUGUUCUGGUGGAGCAUGAAUGGACUGUCUCUUGCCGUCGGUGGCAUCAUUUCAUUCUGUUGCGGUUAUAUCAACGUCAACAACAUCCCGUCUUGGAAGUGGAUCUACAUUAUCGAAGGUUCCGUCACGGUCAUCUGGGGAAUGAUCAUCUUCUGGUUCUUCCCCAUGUCGCCGCAAACCGCCAAAUUCUUGACGCCCGACGAAAAGAAAUUCGCUGUCGCACGUUUGGCUUCGAACAAGACCGGCACCAAGGAUCCAAGGAUCAAAAAGUAUCAGAUUAUCGAAGCGUUGGACCCGAGAAAAGACCCGCAGGGUUGGCUCAUCUUCUGGAUCAUGUUUUUCAAUGAAUUCGUCAACGGCGGCUUCGGCAUCUUCUUCGACCUCACAUUGAACCAGCUGGGAUACACCCAGUUGAUGAGCUCCGUGCUGGGCAUCCCCGUCGGCUUCUCGCAGAUCUUCUGGAUGGUCGGGGCCGGCGCCGUGACCCUGAGGUUUGCCAAUGUCCGCAUCCUCAUGUCGCAACUGGCUCUGGUGCCCACCUUCAUCGGGUUCCUGCUCCAGAUCGUCAUCCCGGGGGGAGAGGGCCGCGUGGCCAAGACCAUCGGCGUCUGCCUGUCACUGGGCUUCUGUGCAACCUUCGCCCUGACCUUCCAACUCCCGGCCCAGAACGCCGGCGGCUUCACCAAGCGCACCACGCUGACCAGUCUAGGUUUUCUGGGCUCGUCGCUGGGAAACAUCGUCGGUCCGCACGUCUUCUACGAGGGUCAAACCCCUCGAUACCUGACCGGAUAUGUGUGCGAUCUGAUCUGCUUCGUGGUACAGAUCAUCUUGCUUCAGAUCCUCAAGUGGUGGUACAUGCGUGAGAACAAGAGACGAGACGAAACGUAUGGCCCUCCAGUCCCUCAAGCCGGCGAUGCUGUUACCGAUCUCACGGACAUGGAGAACCAUAAUUUCCGAUACUGCUAUUAA